GGGGCGGCGGGCAGCCCCUUCACCUGCGCCGAGUGCGGCAAGGGCUUCAGCUGCAAGAGCAGCCUGGCCACGCACCAGCGGACCCACACGGGAGAGCGGCCCUUCGCCUGCCCUCACUGCGGGAAGACCUUCAGCCAGAAGGGCUCCCUGAAGAUCCACCAGCGCACGCACACGGGCGAGACCCCCUUCGCCUGCGCCCAGUGCGGCAAGAGCUUCGCGCAGAAGGUCAACCUCACCACGCACCAGAAGACCCACGCGGCAGAGAAGGCCCUCACGUGAGCCCUGCGUGCCCCGGGACCCCUGCCCAAACGGGGCCCUC